AAUAUCAUUAAUCUCUCACUCUGGAUUAAUUAGUGGCGUUCUUGAUCCAGAAAAACCACAACAACAACAUACAACCUUCGUUCGACAGGAUGGUCUUUCGGAGCUCCACCUCCCUAAUUGGCCUCCUGUCCCUCCCCAUCCUCCUCCUCCCCCUCUUCCGCCCCGUCUCCGCCAUCCGUCUAGGCCUCAUCCACCGUCACUCGCCGGACCUCCCUCUCUUCCGGGAGGCCCCCGCCUUCCGCAAUGGCCAGGAGUGCGGCUCCACCCCCGACCACGUCAUCAACGUCGCCAUGACCCUCGACGCCAACUACCUCCGCGGCACCAUGGCGGCGGUCCUCUCCAUGCUCCAGCAUUCAACCUGCCCGGAAAAUCUCUCCUUCCACUUCCUCUCCGCGAACGACGACGCUCCCGAACUCUUCUCCAGCAUCAAGUCCACCUUCCCCUAUCUAAACAUGAAGAUAUACCGCUUCGAUAGCAACAGGGUCCGCGGCAAGAUUUCCAAGUCCAUUCGCCAGGCCCUCGACCAGCCCCUGAAUUACGCCAGAAUAUACCUCGCCGACACGAUCCCGGAGGACGUGAAACGCGUGAUAUAUUUAGACUCUGAUCUGGUGGUUGUGGACGACAUAGCCAAGCUCUGGGGCGUGGACAUGGAAGGGAAGGUGGUGGCUGCGCCUGAAUAUUGCCAUGCAAAUUUCACGCUGUAUUUCACGGACACCUUUUGGUCGGACCCCGCUCUGGCGAAGACGUUCAAGGGAAGGAUGCCGUGUUAUUUCAACACGGGGGUGAUGGUGAUGGACGUGGACACGUGGAGGAAGGAGAGAUACACGGAGAAGGUGGAGUCAUGGAUGGCGGUGCAGAAGCAGCAGAAGAGGAUCUACCAUCUGGGGUCUCUUCCGCCGUUUUUGUUGGUUCUGGCGGGGAACAUAAAAGCGGUUGACCAUAGAUGGAACCAGCAUGGUUUGGGUGGAGACAACUUCGAAGGAAAAUGCAGGAGCCUGCACCCUGGUCCCAUUAGUUUGCUCCAUUGGAGUGGGAAGGGCAAACCCUGGUUGAGAUUGGAUUCUAGAAAGCCAUGCAUCGUGGACCAUCUUUGGGCUCCUUACGAUCUCUAUCGCUCUUCUAGACACUAUUUUGAAGAAUAGAAAAUGAAUAUAUGAAUGAA